CUUCAUUAAAUCACCACAUACAAAUAAUAGAUUUUAAACGCUAACUUCCUUACCUGGCCCCUUUGAACGGUACUAUAUAUAUAUCUACACUUUUUAGUGAAAGAUCACCAACAUUACAUUCUCAGCACCAAAGCCGAAGCUGUUGAUUCCCCGAACAGCCACCUUGGGAGGUGGGCCAAUCGUCCACGCAUGAAGCAAGACAACGACGCCCAGGCUCUGACGCCAAACAGCCUCUGUAAUGAUGAAAUAACUCCUGGCCCGAGAAUGAGUUCCUAUCCUCCGCAAUAUGAUGCGCGGGGCCCUAAAAAGCUCAUGACCUUCGCAUUUGGUGGUCUCCGCGCCCGGCACUACAUCUGCCUCACCCUCUUCGCGCUCUCUCUCCUCUUUGUUUUUAAGUACAAUGCCCGAGACAGCAUAUCUCUCUCUUCACCUACUUAUGUGGAUACGGUGGAAUGGGAAUCACUCUCCGAAACCGAUCAGCUCACGGAAGCCGUCACGGCAUUAUCUCUUAUGGAAGACUCGGACGAACUCUCUACGGACCCCCCAGCCAGCAUUACGCUCGUUAAAACCCUGGAUCACUCCCUUGUGCCGCAGGUCGGCCGACCGGGCAACUCCAACAGCGGCCUCCAAGGUCGUUUGAUUGUGAUCGGAGACAUCCACGGCAUGAAGAGCGACCUGGAGCGGCUACUGGCGAAGCUGGACUUCGACUCGACCCGUGACCACCUUGUUUGUGCAGGCGAUAUGAUCAGCAAAGGCCCCGAUUCCAUCGGCGUGUUAAAACUUCUGAUGCAGUUGGGCGCGAGCGCGGUGAGGGGUAAUCAUGAGGAUGGAGUUCUGAAAGCAUGGAAGAAGUUGCAUGCAAAGCCAGGGUCUGGAGCGCAUAACUCGCCGUCAAGGCGGAUGGUAUCAGGGCGAAGUGAUGCCGACUUAGAUGACAAAGCUAAGGGGCCCAUCGAUGCCGACUUAGAUGACAAAGCUAAGGGGCUCAUCGAAGGCCGUAGAAAGAAGCAUCCUGAGAGGAAGCAGAAGCAUAAGGAGCUUGCGAAACAGCUUACAAAAGAGCAUGUGAAGUGGUUGAAGGAUCUACCGCUUAUCCUUAAAGUUGGGGAUAUCAAAGGGAUGGGGAGUUUGGUCGUGGUACAUGCUGGGUUGAUGCCUGGCAUGAAGCUCAGAAGGCAGGAUCCCUUUAUGGUUAUGAACAUUCGCACUAUAAACUUGAAGAAACUUAAACCUAGUGAAAGGCACAAGGGAAGUGUGUGGACGAAGCUAUGGAACCAAUUUCAGUCCCACCUCCCAGAGAAUGAACGCACCACAGUCAUAUAUGGGCAUGAUUCUCGACGGGGCCUAUCGUUGGGCGAAUUCACAAAGGGGAUAGAUACAGGAUGCUUGAAGGGUGGGAAGCUGACUGCGUUUGUGCUUGAAAGGGGAAAACGAGAAGUCAAGACAAGCCUAGUUCAUGUGAAUUGUAGAUAGAAGCGUUUUUGAGUAGCAAGUAUGGUGGUAGCUGGUAUCCUCGAUGAUAGUAAACAUUGGACGGCAUCACAAGACGGCGUUUGACGACAGAUGCUAUGGGUUUACGCGGAUAAUCGAUACGAGUCAUGGUGCAAGCCAGUAUAAUAUUCUAUUACGACAGUUUAAUAUAUAUACAAUAAUAUAAU